AUGCCUUCUUCAACAUCAGCUGACAAUCAUAGCCUUGGGUUCAAACAGCUGGUAGAACGCCUCUUGUCCGUUACACCCGAAAUUUAUCACAAUUUUGACAUUUACCGUACCGAGUAUUCAUCUGCCAACCAUGAAAUUGGUGUAGAUGUAUUGAUUCCAAAACAUCUCGCGACGCUAACAUCUGUUCCACUCAUAGUCAGAAUUCAUGGAGGGUUUCUGGUUACUGGAUCAAAUUUGUUUCCAGCUUGGUUUUCGCCAUGGAUCUUGGAGUUUGCAGCGGCCAAAGGCGCCGUUAUAAUCAGCCCAAACUACAGGCUGCUGCCUGAAGCCAAUGGAAUAGACGUUAUAGAAGACUUGAAGGCAUUUUGGGCUUGGUUCAGAGAUGGUGAGCCGCAGCGUUACCUUGACUCGCUCGGUCGAACACCCUUGAGCCUCGAUACAAAUCAUUUGUUGCUUGUCGGAGAAAGCGCAGGAGGCUAUCUCGCGCUCCAGUCUGUAUUGCUUCACAUGUCGCGACCACAAGCCAUGAUUCUACUCUAUCCCAUGAUUGAUAUGCAUUCCGACUACUACAACACCAGGUUUGAAAAGACUAUUGUUGGGGUACCAAACAUUUCAGAGGAUGUCAUUGAUGCUGCAUUGCAGUCGUUUCACGCUCACAAGCACUAUGUGACUGAGGCAGAUCCACCAACGAGACUGGACCUCGCGAUCUCGAUUGUACAAAAUGGUCGCCUUGGAGAAUUUCUCGGCUCUGAGGAAAUUCUGUACCCACUGGAUCUGCUCAGGUCUGGGGACAAGGAGAUUGCAGUGUCAAAAUUACCGCCACUGUUUAUCCUGCACGGAGAACAAGAUACUGCGGUGCCCGUUCACGGAACUGUCGAGUUUGUGGAGCGUGUUCGAGACAUCGCUCCAGACGUAAAGUUGCACAUCGCCCUGCGUCCUGGCGAUCAUGGAUUUGACGCUGAAGCCAGCACCGGCGAGCCUUGGUUGCAAGUUGGAUUGGACUUUGUAUCUAGAGCAUGGUUGGGCCAGCCAUUAUCGAGUCUUUGA